UCCAAAAACCGUUACUCCUCUCUCUCUCUCUUCACUCUUCACUCUCUCACUCUCAAUCUCUCUGAAAUGCGAACUCGGUUCCUGAACAUCGACUACUUCUCUCCGAUCCAAGCCCUAGAGCCCCAAACCUUCCUCCACCUCCCAGUCCCUCACCUUCCUCCUCCUCCAUCUCUCUCCUCCUUCAACGACCUCUUCACCUCCUUCGCUUCGCCUCUCUACGUUUCGUCCGCUCUCCACGACCUCCCUCUCGAUUCCGCUCUCUCUGAUUUCCUCUCCGCCGUUCUCCCUCACCGCAUCGACCACGCCGAUAUCGAACACUCCGAUGCCGCCGCUCCAACGCCUUGCUUCCGCGAGACUCGGCUUUCGCAGCAAGAAGCUGAGGUUCUCUAUAAGGAGAAGGAAGUGGAGAGUCAAGGAACUUGUGGAACUGAAACUCUGGAGAUUGGACUGCCAAAUAAGGAUAACAGAGAUGCAAGCAGAUAUGAAGUAAUCCAGUUUGAAACACCAGAACUGAACGUGUUCUUGGAAGAUGCCUGCUCUUUUGAGAAAUAUGAAAUACAAAAUCUGUCUGAAGUUCCAGACAAUGAAAAUAAUCAGGAAAUGCUUAGGCAAGCACUUACGAUGCAAUGUCCUUAUGAGGUUCAAGAAUUGAUUUAUUCAGUUGAAAAUGUUGCUUCGGAGUACUACAUGGAGCAAAACAUUUAUGUCUUGGAAGAUGACAGUUCUGUUCAGGAUCAAAUGUGCUUUGGCCGAAGCAUAUUUCCUUCUCUAGAAGUUGAUGAAACAAGUCUGGGAACUUUGACAUGCUCGUCUAUAAAGGAAGAACUUCUUUUACAUCUUGAAAACACUGAGCGCCAAUGUUGGCUUCAUAAGGAUGACUUGGUCAUUGACAGCGAGGAACUUUUGGGCUCAAGGGGAUGUGAUAUCUCACAGUUUCUUUCAGAUAAUUUUCUAUCACAGCAAUGCCUGGAAUCUGAACUGGCAUCUGUGGACAUGUUCCCAGAAAUGGACUUCAUAAGCAUGGUGGAAACUUUACAGAUUGAAGGAAACUCCUCUGUGAGCCCUGUUAUUUUUGAGGAAUUCCAGUUCCUUGAUAUGGAUUCAUCUCAAUUUUUUGUUGUCUUCUUUAAGACACAGACCACAGAUGAACCAGAAACAUGUGACUGCAUGUUUAGGGGAGACAUGAACUUUAAGAAUUUUAAUGAAUUGAUUGUUAGUCAUGAACUAGCCUUGGUAGAUAACAUAUUCAAAUCAUUGCCUGUUCCUCUUUUCUCUGAUCAUGAAAAGAUAAGGUCACUAUCCUCCAUUGUUGAAGAAAUACUAGCUGACUUAAAGCCACAGCCCCCAUCUGCAUCUGAUAGGAUAUACUUGGAUUGGCAUCUUUUGGAUGAAGAUAAAUGCAACUCUAGAAUCUAUUCUUCCUAUCAGAGUAUGUUGGAGGAGGUAGAUUCACAUAGCUUUGAUUUUGAUCUGGAAGCUUUUGAUAAUGGCAAGUUGGUAUUUGACUUUGUUUUCUCAGAUAAUGCUUUGAAUGGGCCAAACACAGAAGAAAACAAGGAAUCACGGAAGUUUCUUUCUGAUGGCAUUUCUGUGCCUAAUAGUGAUAUUGUGGGAGGGACUUCAAACAAAUUGUUGGAUGAUCAAUAUCCAGAACCAGAAAAUGGAGAACAUUUAGCUGAAAAAAGUGCUGAGAGGACUUUGUUGUUCAAGUCUAUGUCACAAUUCAAUGAUCUUGAUUUUUUCUUGAAUCCUCGGAAAGCUAAUUCUGGGGAUGUUGACUCUACUAUUAAAACUGUUGCCACUAAUGCUAUGAUUCCCAAUGUUCCAUCCAGUUAUUCAAAGGCAGCAUGUUUGUCCACUGGAGUACAAUUGCAGAGUUGGGAAAUUGUGUUGUAUCAAGUUAAGCUUUCUGAUACUAUUAUGCUCAUCAUGGACAACUUUGAAAAGAGCUAUCUAGCUGUCCUGCAAAAUGAAAGAGAGCUGAUAAAGACAGAUCUCCCACUUGUAGCAGCAGAUAACCAUAAAUUGCUCAGCCUUCCAAAACAAAAAUUGAUGGACUGCAUUAAGAAAAUAAAUGCACAAAGAACCACUUCUUACGGAGAUGAAAACAUUAUGGAACUUGUUACCUUAUGUGCAAUUAAACAAAUGGCUUGGUUCAUGUGUUUUUAUGGAAUCCUUCCAGUGCAUCUUUAUGUAGACAAGUUAUGUCAAAGCUUGGAAUGCUUAAAAUCAAGACUCGGCAUCCUACAGUCCUUGAUUGAAGAUGCACACAAGAAGACUGACAGAGAAAUAUGUAGCUUACAUCCCUCACUGACUGUUAUUCAGGAGAUUUUGCGUUCAAACACUACCAAGAAUAACUUAAAGGUAUUGAUUGUGGCUGAAAAAAUAUUCUGGUGGUCGUUGAAGAGUUUGUUGAUGUCGUUGGGAUUAUCAUUUAGUGAGUUCCAAAAUUACUAUCCACAUGCAAAGGAACCAGAUCUGUGUAAAACAGACUUCAAGUUUAAUAGAACAGAUACCCUGCUGGUUCCAGAUUGCCUAUUGGCAUCCCAUGAGCAUAUUUCUGCAUCAUUUCCCUUCAACAAAUUCAACAUAAUCUUGGAAUAUGGAGGUUCGUAUGGCAUAUCUAGAAUAUCGUCUUUUUCCCCAAAUCUGGUUGGAUUGCCUCCUAUUCACUUCUUGAAAGUGGAACUGGAUAAAUCUAGCACUUGCGAAGCACUGUGUGAAGGUGUUGAUAUGCCCUGUUAUAGUGAAACGACAAUGCAAGAGGAUGGGAAUAUGAAUAUCAAGAAGUUGGAGAAACUGCUAAACUUUUUACCCAUUGAGAAUACAUUUGACAUGGGAUCUUCAGGAGCUGCAGAUGAAGCAGAAGCUUGCUGUAUGCCUCUGCCACUUCCCACCAUGCCAUUUGCAAUGAAAUCUGAGAAUAUUUCACAAAGCAUGGUGUCUUCCCCUGAAACAAUCAUCAUUGUGAACACUCAAAAUUUUGAUAAGCAAAUGAUAGUAUCCAGAAGAAGUACCUACCAAAAAAUUCUUGCCAUGGAGAAAGAAGGAGCACAGGUUGUGGAACGAGAUUCAGAUUUGCCUGUGGAUGUUAUAAUGAGUUCUGCUAUUUGCUUAGCAUGGUACGAUUGCAGAAACAUUGGAAAGAAAGCAACUGCUUUAGAUGAAGCUUCUUCAUCCAUGCCUAUGUGUGUUGAGAAUAUUGCAACAAAUGUUUUAACAUUGCUGAGUUUUGCAUUCAGUGGCUGCAUUCUGGUCUUUGAGGGAGAUGUGGACUUCCUUUCCACUGUAAUGGAAUCCUCAGAUGGAUUCUAUGCUGCAGCAGCAAGCCUGGGAAUUGAUUUGCAGAUCUUUUGCUCCUAUUCAUCUGAGUUGACGGAUGAUAUUAUAUUGAGCUGCAUCAGUUAUGUGAUUAAGUUGACUAGAGGCCUAUACCCUAAAAUGCCUGAGUCAGAAACUCUUGCAGAAUCAUUUCUUACCAAAUUUCCUUCCAUUAAUCCUUUGACAGCUCAUGCAAUACUGUCUUCAGGAGGCAUUCUCGUUGAAUUUCUUGAAGGGUCACAUGAACGCAGGAGCCAUGCAAUCGAAAAAUACCUUGUUUCUGAUGAGAGUGUCACCCUGUUUAGUGCUUUGUGCAAAUAUGGUGAGCGGGAUGAUUCUAAAUCUAUAAUGACGGACUGCUCUUCCUCAGUAUCUUCUGGUCCUGACUCAGAGAGGUGUCGUUUUAAUGUGGAUUCGGGAAGAAAAAGACGAAAAUACAGUGGCAGCCCUCACAAAAUUGACAUAGAUAUGGAUGACUUACUGUGUUUUGAGCCAUUAAACCAAAUCACUGAUGACAACUUGGAUCCUUCUACGGUAUCCAAGUCAUUAAAUCAGUGGAUGUUGAAAGAUUAUGAGCUAUUUGAUGAGUUCAGAACACCAAGUUUAACUUCAAAUGGUUUAUUUGGUCAAAAACAGGGAUUGGAUAUGGGUAUGAUGAUAAAGCCCUCCAGUGUUACCAAGCCAUAUGAUUCUCAAUUCUCUAAAAGUCCUCCCAUAUCAAAUGAGAUAAAAAAGCCUUAUUUCUCUUUGAGGGACAAAAAGUUUGGUCAAAAUCAGGGAUCAGAUUUGGCUAUGAUGAACAGUUUGGAUUGGCUUAGUGCCAAGAAACCUGAGAAUCUGCAGGACCUUAUAGGUGAAGUUAUUGACCUAACUGAUAGUCCUGUAUCAGGUAAGGACUUGUCUUCUUUUGAUAAUUCCCCGAAUUUCUCAUUUUGGGUGCCUGAGAUGGAUGGUGACUCCUCAAGAAAGUCUAAAAUUGCAAGAAGAUUGUCAUUUGAUGAAGGCGGUCACCCUACUUGCUCGAUGGCUGUGGAGAUGAAUUCAAAUUCAGAUAUCUGGAAUUUUAAGAAAGAUCAGAGGCAAACUGUGCCAGGAGUCAAUGAUUACCCAGAUACAGAUUUCAAUGGUAUUUUUCCUGUAAAACACCGUGGAAUGCCUGACGAAGGCUUAACACAGAGAUCUGCUGGAAAUUCAAAGGAAUUAUCAUUCCAAGAGAAGGAGAUGUCAUCUUAUGGUGGAACACCACUCUCAAAUGCUCUCCGUUCAGCCCAUCCGCAACAAAACUCACCUUGGACGAUAGAGUUUCUUAACAGAAUCAGGGAAAAGAGCAGAAUGCGUCACCAGUCCCUUCCAUAUGAUGCAGUUGCUCCUUGUUUGGAGUAUUCAGGGAAUGUAUCAAAAGUUUCCAAGAGAAGAAGUCCCUCUAUUCUUGAAUUUUUCAAGUACCAAGGAGGCAGCACUCCUAAAAAGGCACCAGAACAAAAGAGGCAGAAGCGAUCUAUAAUGCCAUCAAGCUCAUCUAAAAAUGAGAAGAUUUCAUCCUCUGUUCUUCCCACAUCGACACCUGCUGAUAAGAGAGCAAGACAGACUCUAUCUUUUGCAAUGAAUGGAAGUGGAGGCCAAACUAAGCUGGUUUGGAGUGAUGGAGCUCGCAGUCUGAACAAAAGGUUUCAAAAUCAAAUAUAAGAUGGCAGAAAAGUGUUUCUGCAAAGUGUAUUAAGUUAGGAUUAUAUUGACAAAAUUUCAGCUCUCAUGUGCGAACCUGUUGUAAUUAGCAUUGACAUGACAGAGAGUUUUUGAAGCAUAUAUAUUAGUGGCUUCUUGAUGACAAGCUACAUCACAUCUGUUUCCUUGGCCAUGCUAGAGAUUGUCCUCCAGGCUGUUUAUUGAGUCAACUAAACUUGCAUCUGAAGCUGAAUCCACUGACCAAUCUGUGUUUGAUCUCCGAUGCGCAUUCUUUUUUGUGGUGAUGGCAUCAAAUGUUCCCUUAGGCAUGGAGUUUUGUCUGUUAUGUGUGUGGAAGCUGGUGGGUUCCUGAUGGAUGCUACUACUUCUGAAUCCAAGAUCUUCUUGUGUACUUUUUAUAGAGUUGAUAUCCCAACAUGAUGCUAAUGUAGCAUUAGAGCCUGUAGGUGCUCUA